AUGGCUCCCUCGCUCUGGGAAAGAACAAAGGGGACUUCCAAAAAGGGCUUCGAUAAGGCAUGGCAUGCGUUGGACAAGCUGGGGGAUCCCGUUAAUCGACUGUCGAACCGUGUCGGCGCCGAGGCCUUCUGGCCCAUGACCAUCGAUAAGGAAAGCGACAAGGCGGCUCGGAUCCUGCGGAGCUUCUGCAAAGAUGGCUUCUAUGCCGACGCAGAGUCGGAUCGACAGAGCGCUGAUAGUCAUAUCAACAAGGAAACCGGCAAAAUCGAUAAACCCAAAGGCAAGCAGCGGGUAAUAAAGAAGAUUCCUACCGAGGUCAUACAGAAGGCCAAGGGCUUAGCGAUCUUCACAACCAUGCGAACUGGUCUAUGGCUCAGUGGCUCCGGUGGUAGUGGUGUCCUUCUAGCUCGGAUUCCCGAAACAGGUGAAUGGAGUCCGCCUUCCGGUAUCAUGCUACACACUGCAGGUAUUGGGUUUUUGGCCGGCAUCGACAUCUACGACUGCGUGGUCGUCAUCAACACCUACGAAGCUCUGGAGGCAUUCAAGAAGGUUCGCUGUACAUUGGGUGGCGAGGUUAGUGCUUCGGCUGGCCCGGUUGGAAUGGGAGGAGUGCUCGAUUCGGAAGUCCACAAGAGGCAAGCUCCGAUCUGGACCUAUAUGAAGAGCCGAGGGCUGUAUGCUGGUGUCCAAGUGGACGGCACUAUAAUCAUUGAGCGUACCGACGAGAACGAACGAUUCUAUGGUGAACGCAUUUCCGUCACCGACAUUUUGGCCGGUAAAGCCAAACAUCCGCCUGCGUCUAUUGAACCCCUACUGCAAACAAUAAAGGCCGCCCAAGGCGAUACAGAUGUGAAGGAGGAUCUCAUCCCGCCUCCGGGCGAGACCCCUGGAGACGUGGAUCUAGAGCAGCCCGCAAUGUUCGGCGUUCCAGAUCCAGAGGAUCCUGAUCCAUUUGGGGUCAAGGCACUGGAAGCCGAAGGUCUCUUCAUCCGCGAAGCCGGUUCCAAAACCCGACCAAGCCAUGAAGCUUUUGAGUUUAAGCCAAACCCAGGAAGUCCCAUUUACGCGUCUUUCCGGCGAAGUACAGAAAGUUCGCGACGCAACAGUUGGCGAACCAGUGUUCAAAGUUACGUGAGUGUAGACAGAGGCACUCAAACAUUUGACGAACCCUUGUCUGCUCCGACCUCUAUUAGUCGUGCAUCCUCACGGAGCAAUCGCGACUUUUCUGAGCCAAAGGCGUCUCCGUCUGAACACGACGAGGCUCGCUGGGACUCUGUUAUUCCCGAGCACCAUGAGACGAGCUUCCGCAGUCAGGACGAUGGCGUGCUGGACAAAUUUAUCAACGAUGAAGAUCUAAAGGUGCACGAAGUCAGUAGUGCCAGGAUUUCGAGACGUGACAGCGCUUCCAGUUCCAAUCCUCCCCUGACCGUGGAUGUUCCCGCAGCGCCUAUUGAGGUCAAACGCCAGUCCCCUACUUUUACCCGUGCUCGUCUCGUUACCAUACCUAAAAGGCAACCUCCUUCUCUCCCACCUCGGAACCCUCAGCGAGCGUCGACAGCGUCAGCGUCCACGCCAGUUUCUCCGAACCCUUAUGCAUCCUCAGAUGACAACCGCUCUGUCAGCUCCAUCUCGACCCGAGCAUCUGUCAGUGGACUUGCUGCUUUGACGGACAACACCAAGAAAGACCUCAAUGCCAUCACAUCGCCAACCGAGUCAAACAAAGCAUUGUCGAUCAAAGAUGACGAUUUCCACUCCGUUUCUAGCGUGCAGUCAUCGGAUCCAGUAGCGGGAAACGGCCUCAGCACAGAUGAGGCAUCCAGCCCGAAGACUCGACCGGUCACAAUGGGCCUUCCCUCCGCUGCUACCGAGUCUGAAGCCAAGACAGCCUCGCAAGAUGGAGUUGCAACAACUACAACACGUUAA